CUGUCUUUGUGGGCGGAGUUUGGCCGGGCGAGCAGAACCCGGCGUUCAGUGAGAGUACUGUGAGCGAGUUGAGUGCUGAGCUCCAGAGCUCCAGGACUGAGUAAGGCGUGCUGUGGUGGCGUGGACUGUACUUUACUAGUUGCACUGGGCAGCGUUGUGGCAGGAGUUUGCAAAUAUGUUGAAAUGCAGGACAGCCUGGCAGAAGCUGGCCCCAUUGGUCAGGCCUUCUUCCACAUUGUGCCGAAAAAGCGCAAAGCAGACAGUGCUGAAGUGUGAGAGUUCUUUUAGACCCAUGCAGAGGGCCUCCAUGUCAUCCGGGCCUCCAGGGGGAAGUAGCGAUAAUCUGCUAUACUAUCUACUUGUAGGAGGGACAGUUAUAGGUGGAGGUGUAUAUGCAUAUAGUACUUUACACGGGGAUAAAGUCCGGUACCAGGAAAGAAUAGCUGAAAUUGUUUCAAGGCAAAACAAGGAAUUGACCCCUACAGAGCUACAGCCUAUAGAGAAAGGUGAAGGUGGAUCAGAAAAGGAGUCAGAUCCCCAGAUUGCCAAAGAGGAGGCAGUUGUACCAGAAGAGGUACCUUGUGCUCCUGUUACUGAAGAAUCACCCCCUCAGCCCCUGGGAGACAACACCGAGACCCCAGCUGUUGAAGUUCCUGCCAUGGCUACUGAAGAAACAACUGCAAAAGUUUCAGAGACUGCCCCCCCUUCAGAAGCCCCACCUGUGGAAACCGAGCAGCCCCCCCUAGAAGCAGUUGAGAGUGCUCCAGAAACAGUUCCCCGUCCCGAGGUUCCUCCUCACGCUCCUUACCUUCUCAUUGGCGGUGGCACAGCCUCCUUCGCAGCAGCCAGGUCCAUCCGAGCUCGGGAUCCAGGAGCCAGAGUACUCAUUGUCUCUGAAGAAGCAGAGCUGCCGUACAUGCGUCCGCCUCUCUCGAAGGAGCUCUGGUUUUCUGAUGAUCCCAACGUGAACGAGACGUUACGGUUUAAACAGUGGAAUGGCAAAGAGAGGAGCAUCUACUUCCAGCCACCAUCCUUUUAUGUCAGCCCUCAGGACCUGCCUUAUGUAGAGAAUGGAGGAGUGGCUGUUCUCAACAGAAAAAAGGUGGUACACAUGGAUGUGAGGGAAAACAAAGUGAGACUUGAUGACGGGUCUGAAAUCUCUUACGAGAAGUGCUUGAUAGCAACAGGUGGAAGUCCACGAAAUCUCCAGGCUAUUGAAAGGGCUGGGGAGGAAGUGAUAAAGAGGACAACACUGUUCAGAAAGAUUGAAGAUUUCAAGUCCUUGGAGAAGAUUUCUAAAGAUGUAAAGUCAAUCACAAUUAUCGGUGGCGGUUUCAUGGGGAGUGAAUUGGCUUGUGCCCUGGGAAGGAGAGCGCGUGAAUCCGGUCUGGAGGUAAACCAGUUGUUUCCUGAGGGAGGUAAUAUGGGGAAGGUACUGCCAGAGUACCUCAGCAACUGGACCACUGACAAAGUGAAGACAGAGGGGGUCAAUGUGUUGACAGACUCUGUUGUGAAGUCAGUGAGUUACCAAGAUGACAAGCUGGAAAUAAAACUCAAGGAUGGUAGAGUGGUGAAGACUGAUCACAUUGUGGCAGCGGUGGGACUGGAGCCCAAUGUGGAGCUUGCCAAGUCAGCCGGUCUCGAAGUGGACUCUGACUUUGGGGGAUUCCGAGUUAAUGCAGAACUCCAGGCUCGCUCCAAUAUCUGGGUGGCUGGCGAUGCUGCCUGUUUUUAUGACAUAAGACUGGGCCGCAGGCGGGUGGAGCAUCACGACCACGCUGUUGUGAGUGGCAGGCUUGCCGGGGAGAACAUGAGUGGAGCAAACAAACCGUACUGGCACCAGUCCAUGUUCUGGAGUGACCUUGGACCGGAUGUUGGCUAUGAAGCUAUUGGCAUUGUAGAUAGUAGUUUACCUACUGUUGGAGUGUUUGCAAAAGCAACUGCAAAGGACACGCCCAAAGCUGCUGCAGAGGAAUCUGGUACCGGCAUCAGAUCUGAAAGUGAAACAGAAGCAGUUGCCAGCGGAGCGAGUGAGUCUACCAAGACUCCAUCUUCACCUCAGGUACCUCAGCAAGGAGAUGACUAUGGGAAGGGAGUCAUCUUCUACCUGCGAGAUAAUGUGGUUGUCGGGAUCAUACUAUGGAAUGUCUUCAACAGAAUGCCUAUUGCUAGAAAGAUCAUUAAGGAUGGAGAGGAGCAUACAGAUCUGAAUGAAGUAGCCAAGCUAUUCAACAUUCAUGAAGACUGAAGGGAUUUGUUAAUAUGAGUGUCUGUGACCUGUACAUUAUGGACUCACAUUUUUAAUGCAAUGUUACCCUUUUUGUGGAUUUGAUAAUGGUCAACAUAAUGCACUUAUAAGAGAAAAAAAUGCUAAAUGCAUGAGAAUCUAUUUUGUGUACAAUUCAAUUGUCUGAAUCAUUCAAAAGGUUUGUAAAAUGUAUUAAAUUGAGCCAGGUUCUUCUAAAAUGUCCUAUACAAUAAAUGUAUAAUAAUUUGAAUUGCUUGACAAGCUAGGCAUCCUAAUUGUAAACUUGUGUAAAGUGUUGUUUGCCCAGAGUAACUCCUUUAGGUUUUAUCUGGUGGGAGGCUAUUUGUUAUAGGAACUGCAAAAUUGAUUGAAAUAAAUGAAUAUUAUGAUUUUAUAAAAAAUAAUGUUAUCUUGUUAAUUGUUUUAUAGGACGGUCUUACAUUGUUGGUCUAAUUUGCUUUCUGUGACUAUUCCGGUAUUCUAGGUAAUCUUUCAUGUAAUUGACUUUUUAAUUAAACAUCCACAAAACAUACAUCUUUUAUAAAAUAGACACAUACCUACUGUUAAUAUUACAUAUUAUUAUUUAUUAUUCUCUUUUUAAUGUAGACAAGUUAAGUAUACUUGUCUAACAUGAAAAUCCCCAAUGAAAAUAAAUAAGUUUAAAAUUUUUUAAA